AUGAAACAACCAGGUAAGUCAAUAGGAAUGGUGUGUCAACAGUGUGAUGGUAAAUGUCCAAUAUGUGAUUCAUUAGUUAAACCAACAACAAAAGUACGAAUAUGUCAUGAAUGUUCAUUUGGUCAUUUAUAUAAUAAAUGUAUUCUUUGUUCCAAUUAUUUAGGUGAUAAUAAUGAAUUGGGUGUACCAGCUUAUUAUUGUUUAGAAUGUGUAAGAUUAGAGAAACAUCGAGAAGGUUGUCCAAGAAUUAUUAAUAUUGGUAAUUUAAAAUCAGAUUUAGUAUUUAGAAAGAAAAAGGAGCAACAGAAAUCAAUACUACAGUAG